GCCUCCACCAGUCGGGUAGGUGCUCCUGAAAACGGAAAAUCGUCGUCGUCGUGUCGGCUUUUUAUCCCUGUGUGUUAAGAUGUCGUUUCUCGAUACGCUUUUAAAAUGGUGAUAAAAUAAUGCCACCAGCGUUACUUGCGUUAGUGCUCUGGCCUAACUGAGUAUAGUUUCAGGCCACUGGAAGACGAGGAGGCUCACAAACGUCAUCUUAGACUAAUCCACACAGCAGGAAGAUGGAGGACGCUGAUUUGUUUAUGGAGUGUGAGGAGGAGGAGCUGGAGCCAUGGCAACAGUUAAACCAGAACCAACCGGAUGAAUCAUCAGGGACGGCUGGAAGUAAGACCUCCACUGGAGCUGUUACUGUUGAAAACCCAGCUUUGUCUAAACCAGUUGUAAUUUCCAGUCUGCCUCCUGUCAGCAAUAAUGUGAGCACUGUCCCCUUGCUCACCAGUACACUUCCUACAGCUGCCCCUGCUGGGAUGUCUAAAGGUGCUCCUGGGCAGCAGCUGAUUCUGACGCAGGGUGCAGGAGGGUUGACCCCUGUGGCUUUGUCCCAGGUUAUCCUGCCUGGCUCAAGUGCUGCUACUAGCCAGCCCAUCUACUUAACCACACAGGGAAUCCCUGUGCAAAACAUCCAGUCAGGUCAGAGCCCAAUGAGCAUUGUGUUGAACGUCCAGCAGGGCCAAGCUGUCCGACCCAUUACUUUGGUCCAAGCACCUGGGACACCUGGGAUUUUUAAACCAGCUGUUAGAACAGCACAAAUAAUUACCCAGCAAGCUCCGAUGAGGCCUGCCACUCCGGUGGUAAACCGGGCACAGGCACCUGGUUCCUUCACUGCUGUACAGAUCCCCGCCACCCUUACCAUCCGAACCACAACGCCAGCCAGCCAGCCCAGAGCAAAGACUGUCCCCCCAGCACCAGGCCCUCAGCCUUCCACCUCACCAAGGGCCAUCCCCAUUAACACGCAGACUAAAAUUGUGACAGUAAAGGCAGGUGAGGGCAACCUGGAUGUACAGAACUUGAUGAGCUUCAUGAAUUCUGUCAGUCUUCCUGCCAUGGGUCAGCCUCAGACCUUUGUUGUCAUGAGCAAUCAGAAGACUAAUGGUGCUGGCUCUGCUGCUGUUCAGACAGCUGUUCCUUCUGCUCAUAACAGUAUUGUACAAGUUACUUCUGCAACACCAUCGUCCCACACUUGCCCACGGUGUGGAGCCAAGUUCAAAAUGAUUGAAGCACUGCGAGGACAUAUGUGUUUUUGCUGUCCUGAUAUGCCUCGUACUACAAGCACCGAUGCGCUUGCGGCAAAGCCUCAGAUUAUUCAGACCAAAAGCCUCUCCAUGCCUGUAAAGACAGAAAGAAUGGACCUCAGUCUGUCAGAGCCCCAGUCAAGGAUUGUCAUGUUGGUGGAUGACUUCUACUAUGGAACUUACGAGGGAAAUCGAGUCUAUGUGCCCUCGGACAACUUAAAAGAGCCUAUAUCGUUCAAAUGCCUCACCUGUGGAAAGAAGCUGAAGAACAAUAUCAGGCUCAUGAACCACAUGAAGUUCCAUGUAGAUGUGGAGCAGCAGACUGGUGAGGUGGCAUCCCACACAUCUUGCCCACACUGUUUCCGCCAGUUUCCAACUCCAUUUCGCCUUCAGUGCCAUGUGGAGAGUGUACACAAUGCUCUUGAGUCAACUACGAGGUGUAAAAUUUGUGAGUGGGCCUUUGACAGUGAACCUGUUUUCCUGCAACACAUGAAGAACACUCAUAAACCUGGAGAGAUGCCAUAUGUCUGCCAGGUGUGUCAGUAUCGAUCCUCAUUCUACUCUGAUGUGCAUAAUCACUUUCGCACAUGGCACGAGGAUACCCGCUACCUGCUCUGCAUUUACUGUUUGAAGGUUUUUAAACACUCCAGUACCUACCAGCAGCACUUCUCUCGCCAUCAGAAUACCACCGUUUACAACUGUAACAAAUGCCGCCUGCAGUUUCUCUUCACAAAGGAGAAGGUUGAGCAUAAAGUCAAUCACCACAAAACUUUCCGCAAGCCAAGUCAACUGGAAGGGCUCCAGGCUGGGACUAAGGUGACCAUUAGGGCGUAUGCAGCGCAAAAGAAAAUGGCAGGCCAGAUGUCUUCCAAACCAAGUAGAGAGCCCACUAACACAGAGAGGGACAUAAGGACAGCUCAGUUUGGCCAGACUUCCUCAGCACACACACUCAACACUAAACUGCUUGCACCACAAAGUACUACGGCUGGGAAGAAACAAGUCAGCAAGAUGUAUGACUAUCUGGUCAAGUUCCAGGAGCACAGAGCACUGCUGGGGAGACAGAAAUGUGUGGAGUGUACCUUUGACAUCCCAGACUUUGCCAAUCAUUACCCUACGUAUGUCCACUGCUCGCUGUGUGCAUAUAGCACAUGCUGCUCCCGCGCUUAUGCUAACCACAUGAUCAACAAUCAUGUUCCAGGCAGAACCCAGAGAGGUCGCUCUAAGAAAGGGUCUCUCAGUUGGCUAAACCUGACGUGUGCAUGUUGUAACUACAAGACAAAUCAGGGAGACCUGAUGGCCAAGCACCUGGUCCAAUACCCUGAUCAUUAUUACUGUGUCUUCUUCAUGAAAGAGUGUCUGGAGACUGAUAUUGAGUUCUGCCAGGUUGAGGAGGAGGAGGAGGAGGAGGAGGAGGAGGAGGAGCAGGUGGAGGUGGAGGAGCUACAAGAGGAAGGAGCUAGUGAUGAUACAAAGCCUGACUGGCUGUCCAUGGAGAACUGGAGGGUUCCAGGUGAUCCAGGUGAUGGAGGAUCUGUGCCAGAAUUCACAGACAUCUGUGGACCACAGCAUUUCAUGGGCAAAAGCAGUGAUGUCCUUGAGUAUUUCCAGCUACUCUUCCCAGACACUCUCAUAGACCAAAUAGUUUAUGAGACCAAUACCUAUGCCAAGUGUCAGCGCUCUCUUGGCAGAGGGGACCCCACUUGGAACCCUCUCAGCAAUGAAGAAGUCAAAGGCUUCAUAGGCCUCUGUAUCCUGAUGGGGGUCCAAUGUCUUCCUGAGCUAGAGAUGUACUGGUCCUGGAAGCAUUACCAUAGCUGCACCACCUUCUAUAGGACCAUGUCCAUCACACGCUUCAAGCAGAUCAGAGCUCAUAUUCGAAUGAGCAGCAUGCUUGCAGAGGAAGAUAACCGCCCUGUGGACAAGAUGUCUUUCUUCCAGUCCAUGUUGAAAAUCCUAGAGACAAGCAUGCAGGAAGCAUAUAAGCCAAACAAAUGUUUGACUGUUGAUCAGGCUUUGCUGCCAGCCCAGGACAAAGGAGCUGACCGGGAGAAGUGUACAAACUCUUUGCCACGAAUAUGGCUCUUGUGUGACUCAAAAUCUGGAUACUGUCAUAAAUUGCUUAUCCUGACACAACAGGAAAAGCACACAGACUUGGGGAGCUCAGUUGUGCCUUAUCUUGUGGAGGGUCUUGAAGGAAAAAAUCAUCAGAUUUUCAUAUCCAACAAGCUAACAAGUGUUCCCCUGAUGACAAAGUUGCACAAAAAGAGCAUAUACUGCUCUAGCUCCAUCCCCACCCAUAGUCCAAUCCUCCCUGUAGAGUUCUGGAGUCAGCCUGCAUUGGAGAGCCCUGGGGCCUUCAUUCAAUUUGAGCACCCCCCAGUGCUGUUUACCAGAUGGAAAGAUGCAAAAGAGAUGGUCUGCCUUUCCACGAAUGCUGCAGCAGGUCAGCCUGACACAGUGUGGAGGAAGUCCACCAGUAAGGCAGGUGAGCUGUCCACCAUCUCAAGACCACUGGCCUUUAAGCUGCUUCAGGAUAACAUGCGUGGCGUGGACAUCUGCAAUCAACUGCUGGCUUGCAACCAGCUUGGUGGACUGUUCCUGGACACAAAUUGGCGGCGCCUGUUCUGGUUUCUUGUCAACUUAAGCAUCAUUAACUCCUUCAUUAUACUGCGAGAGACCCGAAAAGGCAACCCACCCGGAUGGCUUCAGGGGGGCCACUUUUCUCAAGCCGACUACCGCAAACGCCUAGGAUACCAGCUGGCCAAGUGUGCUGAAAGAGAAGCUCUCCUGAAGAAAAUUGCCAAUGACCGAAUGCAGCAGCGAAGAUAUGAGGGUAGGAGUGAAGUUUCUGAGACUUUUGAGGGGGUCAGACAUCGUUUAGCCAAAAUUACAUUUAAGACCAGAAGAUGUAAAAGUUGCAACCUAAAGAAUCAGCGUCAUGAGAGUGUCUAUGGCUGCACUGCAUGCCAUGUCAACCUGUGCAAGGGUACCCGCUGCUUCUGGGACUACCAUGGUUUCUCUGCAAAGUUCAAAGGUAACCCAAAAAUUGGAUUUGUGGAGCCUAAGAGAGAAAGUACUCAGCCUGCCCUGGACUCCAAAAACGUUCCACGCAGCUCUUCAGUAGAUGAAUCAGCUACAUCGCUGGAGGUCUCCUCUGUGCAGGAUGAAGACCUUGAUCAAGAAUUGGCGCCCCUGGAGGAGUCAGAUUCAGACUUUGAGACAGACGACAGUAGUCAGCAAGAGCCCCUUACGAUGGAAGAUGAACAAACAGCCAGUGAGACCACAGCAAAACCGGGUUCUCCAAAGACCAACAAAGAAAGAGAGGAGACGCUGUCUGUUAGACAGCUCCGAAUACUGCUGUUUGCUUUGUGCUCUGGGGUCGAGAAAGCUGCCAAAGACAUGGACACAAAAGCUCAGCUCAUUAGAGCCUGGCUUCGAGACAAAGAGAAAAGACUGGACCGUGAAGGUAGGAGUGGAGAGGCUGUAGAGCGCUUGGUGGAGUGGGUGUUAGUCCAACGAGAGCAGCAGCGUAUUAUCAAUGAGAAGAACCUCUUUCAAAAAGCUUCGGAGGUCCACAGUCAAACUAAUCAGAGCAGUUCCUUCCGUAUUUCAUAUGAGUGGGCAGUGAGCUUUAUGCUGCAGCAUAAGCUAGGUCUGCAAAGUGUGGCCUUGCCCAGUUACCAGCUUCCACGUGGCCUGGAGGAAAACUGCCACCAUUUUACUGGGUUUGUACAGAGACAGAUUCAAAUGCACAGUGUUCCUCGUUCUGCUGUUGGUGCUAUGGAUGAGCUGUCUAUUUUCGUUGACUUUGAUACACUUGUUGAUGGCUCCAUCACUUCCAAGGAGGCAGCCUUCCAGUUAGAGGGUACUGGGAAACCUUGGGUGAAUAUUUACCUUUCUUUGCUGGCAGAUGGCACAAUGCUGCCAACAGUGCUGUUUUUCAAAGGCACCCCUUUUGGCAGUUUCAGCAAAAGGCUACCAGACUCACUGCUUCUUGAGGCAAGAGUUGAAGGUUUUUCAGAGAACGAGGAGCUUGACAUCUGGAAUGCUCGUGUGUGGCAGCAGCAUUUAAAUUCCCAAAAAGGGAGUAAGACCAUUCUAGUUAUGGAUGGCCAUCAUAGCCACAUGUCUGAAGGCUUCGUGUCCACCAUGAGUGGCACAAAAACCUUACCUGUCAUUAUUCCAUCAGGUUGCACUAGCAAGCUGCAGCCUUUGGAGAUUUGUGUGCGUCCUGUGCUGAAGAAGUUCUUGUUGGCUCGUUGGUUGCAAUUAGUAACCCAAGGUUGUGUAGCAGAGGUCACACCUGAAGAACUGGUGCGGCUUCUUGUGACCUGGCUAGAGGAGUUCUUGGUUUGUUGUUCCAGCAAGCCUGAACUAACUCAGUACUCUUUUUGCAUUUCCUGUGUGAUUGCAGAGCAUGAGGAAUAUAAAAAGGAAGCUAAUACUCAGGUGGAGCUGAUAAAUACAUUGACAGAAGCCAUGCUUGGACCAGAGGCAGUAGAUUCCGAGCCAUUAUCAGAGGAAGAGUCUGUGGAGACACUUGCUGAAGGUGCAGUGGAGCCAAAUAAAAAGGUAAUCGGUGAAGAAUCGCCUGGGACUGCAAAGGAGGAUGUUCAACAGACAGGGACAAAAACAGAGGGUCAAACAAGAGAUGAAGGCAGAGCAGAGACUGAGAUCAGUGAGAAUGAACAGCAAGCACAGAAAAUGGUAAAUAAAGGUUUGGACGCAUCAAGUGCGACUUCAGGGACUUGCUCUCCCCUUCUUCCACAUGUCCUUCCACAGUCACCAACCUCAACCCAGGUUUCUGAGAAAGAGGACCUUUUAGAACCCAGUGAAGCCUGUCAAGACUCUGAUAUAACUCAAACAGAUGCAGGAUCCAGUAGCUAAUCUGCUAUGUGAAGGCUCAAGAUGAUGUUACUAUAAACUGUAAUUCAAAAGAAAGGGUAGAGACUGAGUGUAUAGAUGUAAAAUGCUCUAAAUCUUUGUGCACAGUAAGCCCGCUUGCUUGUUUAAUGAAUUAUGUUUUCAUGGGACUAAAUGAAAUCUUGAAACUUGGAAGUUUGAUAAAAUGUAGCUUUUCAUUUCUCUGCAAAAGCUACAUCAGCUCAACUGAUAGCAGGACGUGAUCAUGACUUUUUUACUAUUUGUACUACCUUUCAACAAAACCUCACUCUCACAUUGUAACUAUUUUAAUUAAUGUCUAUGGACUGAGAUCUCUGGUACAUAAAUGUUAAUUUUCUUUACCUGUC